CCCCAGGCCCCGCCUCCUCGCGGAGGAGCCAAUUGAAUCGCGAGUUGUGUUUUAAACCGGGGGCGUGCGGCGUCUCUGGCCGCGCCGUUUUGGUCCCCGGUUUCUCAUACAUACGUCUCAUCCCUAGAGCAAUCCAGAAUGGCUACUUUGAUUUUUGUUGAUAAGGAAAAUGGAGAACCUUGUACUCGUGUGGCUCCUAAGGAGGUGCUGAAGCGGGGGCCUGGGCCUGUUAAAGCCUUAGAUGGGAGGUCUCAGGUUUCAACACCACUUGUUGGCAAAACGUUUCAUGCUCCACCAGCCCCUAAAACUGUCAGAAAGGCUUUGGGAACUGUCAACAGAGCUACAGAAAAGACAGUAAAGACCAAUGCACCCCUCAAACAAAAACAACCAACCUUCCCUGCCAAAAAGAUGACUGAGAAGACUGCUAAAGCAAAAAGCUCGGUUCCUGCCUCUGAUGAGACCUAUCCAGAAAUAGAAAACUUCUUUCCCUUCAAUCCUUUAGAUUUUGAGAGUUUUGACCUGCCUGAGGAGCAUCAGAUUGCUCACCUCUCCUUGAGUGGAGUGCCUCUCAUGAUCCUUGACGAGGAGAGAGGACUUGAAAAGCUGUUGCAGCUGGGCCCCCCUUCGCCUGUGAAGAUGCCAUCACCACCAUGGGCAUCUGAUCCGCUGCAGUCCCCUUCAAGCAUUCUGUCAACCCUGGAUGUGGAAUUGCCACCCGUUUGUUAUGACAUGGAUAUUUAAAUGUCUUAGUGCUUUGUAGUUCGUUUGUGUUAAUAAAGCAUUUGUUUAACAGGCCCUAA